GUUUCUUCUUUCUUUCUACGUUUUCUAAACUUAUAUCCUCUCAUUUUCUCUCCUCAUAGCAACUGAAAAUAGCUAAAAUCAUCUCAAUUUUCCCCAUUUGGAUCGAAGCUAUUUACAAGAAGGUGGUCUUGAAACAUGAAUAAUAACCGAUCUUGGAUGUACGAAAGGACGGAUGAGAGUGGUUUCUUGAAUUCUCUAUUUAUUUCUGGAGUGGAAGAAUUCAUGAAUCAUGUUAUAUCUCAGCCAACGUCUAUGAAUGGUACGAGUAUACAAUGUCCGUGCACAAAGUGUAAGAAUCGAAAAUUUUGGAAAUCAGAUAUCGUGAAGCUACAUUUGUUGAAGAAUGGAUUUGUGAGAGAUUAUUAUAUAUGGAGUCGACACGGAGAGUCAUACAUUUUUAAUGGGAACGAAGACCAAUCUUCAGCAAACUAUUCAAAUGUUGCACGUGGCACAGAUGGGAACAAUUUAAUGUACAAUAUGGUGAUUGAUGCAGGCGGUCCUAGUUUUGAUCCACAUCGUUCAGAAGAGAUGCCGAACGCAGAAGCACAAAAUAUAUACAACAUGCUAAAUUCUUCGGAACGAGAGCUAUAUGAUGGUUGUGAAACAUCACAGUUGGCUGCCAUGGCUCAAAUGUUGAGUCUGAAAUCUGAUCAUCACUGGUCGGAGGCAUGCUAUGAUCAGACAUCACAAUUCAUCAAAGGCAUCUUGCCUAAAGAUAAUACAUUUCUCGAUAGUUUCUAUGGAACAAAGAAACAUAUGGAAGGACUGGGCCUACCUUCCAUUCAUAUCGAUUGUUGUGCUAAUGGGUGCAUGAUAUAUUGGAACGAAGACAUUGACAUGGAGUCAUGCAAAUUUUGUUCUAAACCGAGAUAUAAGAUCAGAGUUAACAGAUCUACAAGAGAGAGAAAGAAAGUGGUUGUUCAAAGGAUGAUAUAUUUUCCAUUGGCCCCGAGAUUACAAAGGUUAUAUGCCUCACCGACGACUGCAGCUCAUAUGAGAUGGCAUGCUGAUCAUUACAAAGAAGAUGGUGUAAUGCAUCAUUGUUCAGAUUCAGAGGAGUGGAGGCAAUUUGAUAGAGCACAUCCAUUAUUUUCCUCGGAGGUCAGAAAUGUGAGACUUGGACUUUCUGCUGACGGAUUUCAGCCAUUUGGUAGUUCAGGCAAGCAAUAUUCUUCUUGGCCAAUUAUAGUGACUCCAUAUAAUUUACCCCCCUGGAUGUGUUCAAAAGAAGAGUACAUGUUUCUAUCCAUACUUGUGCCUGGCCCGAGGAAUCCAAAGCAGAAGAUAGAUGUUUUUCUUCAGCCAUUGAUUUCCGAGUUAAAAAUGUUAUGGGAGGUUGGUGUUGAGACAUGGGAUACUUCCUUAAAGCAGAAUUUUCAAAUGCGAGCUGCAUUGAUGUGGACUAUAAGUGAUUUUCCUGCUUAUUCAAUGUUAUCAGGAUGGAAAACUGCUGGUCAUUUAGCUUGUCCUCAUUGUGCUCAUGAACAUGAUGCUUAUAAUCUCAAACAUGGAGGAAAGCCAACAUGGUUUGAUAAUCAUCGGAAGUUUUUGCCUGCAAAUCAUCCAUUUCGAAAGAAUAAAAACUGGUUUACCAAGGGGAAGGUCGUGUCUGAAUUUCCUCCACCUAUUCGGACAGGUGAAGAUGUCUUACAAGAAAUUGAGUCACUUGGUUUGAUGAAAAUUACUGAAUUGGGAAGUGAAGAGCAUAAUGCCAAAAUCAUCAAAACUUAUAACUGUGGAUGGAAAAAACGAAGUAUCUUUUGGGAUUUGCCAUAUUGGAGGACAUUAUCAAUUAGACAUAACCUUGAUGUUAUGCACAUUGAGAAAAAUGUGUUUGAAAAUAUUUUCAACACUAUUAUGGCCAUCGAAGGUAAAACCAAAGAUAAUGCUAAAGCAAGAGCUGAUAUUGCACUUCUUUGUCGGAGGCCUGAGUUAGCAAUUGAUGAAUCGACGUAAUCCCUAUGAUCGCUAAGUAAACUACAGAGUUAGAUUUAAUUUGCGGAAGGUCUGGGAAACCAAGUUCUGAGUAAUAGAAAUAUAAAACUAUCAAACAAUAUCAGUCAAAUCACUUGUUUAAGUGCAAGAUGGCUUUGUUUACACCGGGGCAGAUCAUGUUGAUGAUCCAAAUAAUAUUAUUAUUUUUUGCAGAAAUCUUUUGUUUGGAGACAAGAAGACAAACAAAUAUACAAAGCAUGGGUAAAAAAAGCAAGAAAUCGAUAUUCCAACUUUUGUAGUGAUGCUCGGAAAAAAUGGGAAGCUGGUGAAGUGGACAAUAGAGUAGCCAUGCAUGUAUGGCUACCCUUGGUUGAGUUUUGGAAAACUCCAGAUUUCCAGACUAAAUCAAAAACUCAAAAGAAAAAUCGUCGUGGUGGGACGGACCACUACCCUCCAACUCACACAGGUGGUUCAGCAUCCUUAAGAACUCAUGCUGCUGUUCUGGCGGAGACUAAUGGUAAAGAUCCAACUCCGGCCGAUGUGUAUUUGCUUACACAUACUAAGAAACGUGACAAAAAGACCUUUGUUACUAAGAAAGCGGAAGCAGUAUAUAAUAAGGUUAUUGAAAUUCGUGAGGAACGCUCUAAACCUAUUGAAGGUUCUGAUGAACCUCAGAUUGUUGAUGAAGACGAAAUAUUCUUGGAGGCAGUUGGAGGGCUGGACAAAAGAAAUAGAAUAUAUGGCUUGGGUUCUUUGCAAAGCGUCAUAUAUGGGCCAGAAAGCAAGAGCAGUACAUCCACUUCCCGUUACAGUGGCUCUAACUUCAAUAAAGAAUAUGAGCUAAUGCAGGUUGAGCUCCAAGAAAUGAAGGACCAGGUAAAGGAGUUACAGGAGACGAGAGAUAAGGAACUUGAAGAUAUGAGAAACCAAAUGGAAGAGAUGAAGAGCCAACUUGCUUUGGUAUUUAAAAAUCAGAACACAAGUUAGGCAAGUUCAUCAGUACAAAAGACAAUAGCAAGCUCCUGCUUUUAUAUAUUCUGCUAUAUAUUUUGUACCAACUUAAUGAAUGGUAUUUGUGAAUAUUUGGAUACUUGUGAUCAGGUACUUUAUUUCUAAUCAAAGUUAGUCUUUCUUUUGAUUCUACAA